AGUCGAUCGUAGUUGAUGGGCUCUUCGUGGUGGUACAGCGUGUUGUCACUGUUCUGCCAUAGAUAUGCCACAGCUGGGAAAAAUUUCGUAUCGAAAUUUCCCAUAUCGUAUGGUUGAAUAGAUGCCGCAUCUGUUGACUAUUGGCAUAAUAAAUGUUGAACAUAAAAAAUUGCUCGUGAUUGUACAGUUUUUUCUUUGUUAAUUGGCUGCCUGUUCAUCUUCUGCUGCAUAAUCUGGAGAGUGGUGCAUUGAUGGUCUUUGCUGUUUGUUACGAUAUCGGAAAUGUUCUCCCUGUGCGAUGAGUGGGAUACUCCACCGGAGACCGAACAGUUGUCAGCUGCACUUUUUGGGCCUUUACAAAUCACCGCUUCAACGAAAAAACCUGAUCGGGUCUCCCGACGGCACUCCGGAUCGAAAACUUCGGCCACGGAAUCUCGAGAUCGUCAGAUUAAGAAGCUGAAGAAAAAGGCCCAAAACUCAGCUGAACGUGCGGAUUUAGAACCAUCUAAUCGUGCUGCGAACAAGAAGCUUAAUGCAGUUUCUCGAGACAAACACAUCAAUAACAGCAGUAUUCCUCCCACUAUUGAUACGGCCAGGAAAACUAAGAAGCGGAAGCAAAGUAAAACAAGUGCAGAAAAUCCGGACGACGGAGAUACUCUCUCAGAUUUCGAUACAUUAAACCCGUUUAAUUUAAACCGUAAACACCGGAAAAGGGAGCUUGCGAAAAACGCCAAAAAUGCGUUUUUGCACUCACAGUCGCCAUCCUUCGAAGAUUCCACACAGGCUGCCGACGAAAGCCACUCCGAUAAGUCGAGCAAGCGGAAGAAAGAAUCUGGUAGUACUUAUCUGGAAAAAGCGGAGAAGCGUUUGAAAGGAUCGCGCUUUCGUAUGCUGAAUGAAGCACUGUAUACUUCGACGACGGAAGAAGCUGCGGAAUUAUUUGGGGACGAUAGUGAUGCAUAUGUUGAAUACCAUGAAGGCUACAGGGAACAGAUCUCCAUGUGGCCGGAAAAACCAGUGGAGAAGAUUAUCCAAUGGUUGAAGACCAAGCCAAAGAAUUGGAGUGUUGCGGAUUUGGGAUGUGGCGAAGCAUUAAUUGCAGCGUCCGUGCCACAGACCGUCCACUCCUUCGAUUUAUAUGCACUAAACGAACGUGUCAGCGUGUGCAACAUGACAAGCGUCCCUCUGGAGGAUCAAUCCGUGCAUGUUGCCAUUUUCUGCCUCUCCCUCAUGGGAACCAACGUUGUCGACUGUUUGCUGGAAGCUCGAAGGAUACUGAAAACCGGCGGAAUUUUAAAGAUUGCCGAAGUGGGUAGUCGCUUUGACAGCGUCAAGCAAUUUGCUCACAAGGUGGAACGCCUGGGAUUUGCACUUGUCAGUAAACAAAUCAGUGAGAAGAACUAUUUUGUCAUGUUGGAAUUUAAGAAAUCAGGCGAUGUCAAUAAGCAGACUUUGCCGAAUGUUCAGCUAAAACCUUGCAUUUAUAAAAGACGCUGAUCUGUGAAAUUACAAUUUUUUUUGUAAGUUUGUGGGUUGUUGAUGCAAUGAAAUUUGGUGCGACGCCA